AUGAGAAUGAUAAAAAAUGUUCGAUAUAUUACGAAUAUAAAAAAUAAUAUUCACACUGUAGAAAAUGUUUGCAUAAAAUAUAAUAAUAAAGGAGAAAAUAUUUUCAAUAUAUAUAAAUAUGAACCUGAUAUGUUUAAAACAUAUUUAUCAUAUGAUUAUCGAUUUAAUAUAAGUGAACAAAGAAAAAACUUAUAUAAAAAUAGGAUAAGUAAAUAUAUGUAUUUAAAGAGAAAUAAUACAUAUGAAGAUAUAAAAUAUUUAUUUUUAUAUAUAGAAUUUGAUAAGAAAUUUUUUAAACACUUUUUUGAAGAUUCUCUUCCUCAAAAAAGUAUAUCUCUUCAAAUUCUGACGAAAUUAAAUUAUUUACUUAUAUUAAAGAAGUUAUUAAAUGAUAAAAUACAAAAUGAUAGGACAUUAAAAAGGUGUAUUCAUUAUAUAUGCAAUCAUAAUAGUAUUGCCAAUAAUUAUAAUAAAGAUUGUGAUAAUAAUUUUAUACAUACAUGUAUAGAACAACAUACAUCAAAAAAUAAAACAAAAAAUAGAAACAUAAAUGUAAAUGUAAAUACAAAUACAAAUAUAUGCAAAAAUAAUGACAAUUUUAAUGAUAUAAAUAAUUUAAAAAAUACAUAUCAAAUAUAUAAAAAUGAUGAAAACAAAGACAUAUUAAUAAAUAAUAAUAAUAAUAAUAAUAAUAAGAAUGAUUAUAUAUACAAAAAUGAUAUGAACAAUAUAUAUUUUUUUUCAAAUUCUUAUGAUGUAAAUAUUCAUUCCAACAAUAUGUUAGAAGAAAAUAGUUUAUAUGAUAGUUUGAAUAAAUAUGAUAUAGUAAUAUAUAGCAAUAUUAAUAAUAAAAAUAUAAAACAUAUAUAUUUAAAAGAUAUAUACAAACAUAUAACUGAUCAAAUUAAUUAUCUCUAUAUGUUUGAUAAUAAAUUAUAUGAUAAAAAUGUGAUAUUAAAAUUAUAUUCAUUUUAUGAAUAUUUUAAUGAUGAAUUAAAAGAAAAAAAAAAACAGUUAUUAUUUUUUCUAGAUAGAAUAAGCGAAAAGUUAUUAAACAGCAUGAAUCUUAUAGAUCUUGUAUUUAUAUUUCAUAUUCAUAUAAAAAUAAAAUAUUAUAAUUUUCUGUUUUUAUAUAUAUUAAUAAAUAAAUUACAUUUUUAUAUUCAAAACAUAGUUAAUAUAGAAAGUAAUCAAAAAUUAAAGGAUAUAAAUACAGAAUGUAUACAAGAUGAAAAUAAUAUAAAUAAAAUAAAAUAUGACAAUAUAUCAAUAAAUACACAUAACCAUAUUAAAUAUAAUAUUAAAUGGUUGACCUUAUUUUUUCAUUCUUUAAUACAAUAUUUUCUAUAUUUAAAUAAUUCAUCUGAUAUUUUAAUAAAUCAUAAAGACAAAGUUAUAUUUAUAAAACAUCUCUUAUAUAAUAGCUUUAAUCAAAUGUAUCUCAAAUAUUUAAGUGAUAAUUAUGUGUAUUUUACUCCUAUAAAUAUUUUAUCAAUAUAUUCAUCAUUCAAAAAUUUAAAUAUUAUAAAUGACGAGACGUUAAAAUGUGUGUUGUUCAAAUAUAUAAACUAUAGCAAUAUUUUAUUACUUAACUAUAAGGGCGACAAUUAUGAUUAUAAAGAUAAAGAUGUGAAUGAAUCUAUAAAUGAAUAUAUAGAUAUACAUAUAAAUAAACAUAUAAAUAAACAUAUAAAUAAACAUAUAUAUAAUAAUAAUCAUCAUCAUCUUAUGAAUAGAAAUAAGAACAUUUUUAUUUAUAAUAAUAAUAUACAGAUAUUUUAUUCUUCCUUUUUAAAUAUAUUUUCAAAAUUUUUUGUUCACUUUAAAUAUACCAUAGAGGAGUAUCAAUAUAUAAUAAAGAGUUUAUUAAUUUUAUUUGAUAAUUAUUUAAUAUUGAUACUACAACUAUAUGUUAAUAAUAAGACAGAUUUAUUAUCUUUCUUAUGUAUGGAUGAAAAGAAAAAAAAUGAAUAUGUGAAGAAAUCUUCAAAAGAUAAUAAUAUGGAUAUGUUAUUUUAUAUAAAUGAGCAAGCAAAAAAAAACGCACAUAAUAAUAGUAAUAAUAAAUAUAAAUUUUGUGAUAAUUUAAAAUAUAUAAAUCUUAUAAACUUCUUAAAUAUUAUAAUGAAUAAUAAAUAUAUAAAUAUAACAAGUUCAUAUAAUUAUGAUAUAGAAAAUGUGGACAAUGUUAAAAAUGUUUUUUGUUUUUUUAAUUAUGACAAUAUUUUUUAUGUUGAAAAUAUUCAACACAAUAUAAAAUACAUUGUGAAUUCUUUAAAUUCUUUAUAUAAAAUUACAGAACAUUUUAUUAAUUCUUAUAAUAUUAAUGAAUUCAGUAAAUUAUUUAAUAAGACAUAUAUAUAUAAUUUUAUAACAAAGUUAAUAUAUAAUAAAUAUAUAGAUUAUAAUAUUAAACCAUAUUACAACACAUUGAAUAAUUGUAUUCAUUUAUAUUUACAUGAUUAUGAAGACAUACAUAAUAAUAAUGUUAAUAUUUCUAUCAAUCGUUUGUUUAUUUGUAAUUAUAUAUUAAAUUUAUAUUUGAGUAAUUUAGUUAGUGUCUAUUUGAAUAAUGUCAUAAGGAAUAUUAAACAAGAAGAAAAAUAUAAUUUGGAAGAAAAAACAAAAAAAAAAAAAAAAAAAAAAAAUUCACAAAAUGAACAAGAUAGUAAUUUUAUUUAUUUAGAUGAUACAAAAGAGGAAACAAAAAAAAAUAAUUUUUCUAUCUUCAAAAAAAAUAAUUUUUCUAUCUUCAAAAAAAAUAAUUUUUUUAUCUUCAAAAAAAAUAAUAUAUGUGAUACUUUUUUUUUCUCACAACUUGUGACAAAUACUCUAGGAGCUAUACAACAUAUGAAAAUAUUAAGAUAUGAUAUAUUUCUUCAAAUAUCUUAUAUUUUAAAAAAAAAUAUAUUCCCUUUAAGUUCAAUACAUAUAACUAAUAUUAUACAUUCAUAUGCUUCAUUUAAAAUACAAGACAAUGUUUUAAUAAAAUAUUUAUUGAAUAAAUUAAUAGAAACAAAUAAUUUAAAUAAUAAUAUUAAUGAUCAAUCCUUAGGAAAUAUUGCUAUAUCAUUAUUAAAAUUAAAUUAUUACAAUGAUAAAAUUACUCGUAUUUUAUUAAAUAAUUAUAAUAAGGUUAUAUCCUUACAAUCCUUAAUUAAUAUUACAUUCUAUUUAUGUUAUUAUAAUAAUGAAUUAUUAAAAUAUUUUUUGACAAAUCAUUUGAAUCAUUUUAUAGAUAAAAUAUUUAAAUCAAAUAUGUUACAUAAUAUAAAUAUGAAAGCUAAAACACAAUUAAAAUUAAUAUCCUAUCAAAUUUUAUAUAUACAUGAAUAUACUUCAAAAGGAAAUAUAACAUCUAAACAAUAUUCAUGUCUAUUUAAUAAUUUGUAUAAUAGAAAAAAUAUAUAUGAUUCUACAUCAUAUAAUUCUUAUAUAUAUGCAUUCAAAAAAGUAUAUAAUUUUUUAAAACAUUAUGAAAAAAAAAAACAGAAACAUACACAUAACAGUUUUCUUAAAAAUAAUUAUAUAUUAUUACCAUAUGACAAAUAUAUUAAACUUAUUAAUAAUAAUUUAUUAUAUAAUAAAUUUUUAAAAUAUCAUGCAAAAGAACAAAAUGAAACAAAUUCAUUGUCUUGUAGUUAUAAUAUGUAUAUAAAUAAAAAUAUGAAAAAUGAAUAUACAAAUCAAAAUAAUAAUGGUAUUAAUUUGUUUGAUAUUUUUAAUUAUAAAAUUAUGAAUAGUAAAAUUAACAUGGAUAAUGAUGAAUAUAAAUUAAAAAAUAUAAUACAAAAACAAACAAAUAUGUCAUAUAAUAAUAAUAAUAAUAAUUAUGUGAACCAAGUUAAUAUUAUUGAUGACACUUCUUAUUUACAUCUUCUAUUUAUCUCAGCAUUUCCAUUUGAAGAAACACAUAUUUAUUCAAACUCAGAAUUAUAUAACCAAGUAUAUGACACAAUCGGAUCUUUAAAUUUGAAGAGAAGAAUAAUCAAAGAGUUGUUGCAUUAUCCUUAUUAUGUAGAUAUGGUUAUAAUAUAA